CUGGCUCUGUUAUCAGGUUUAUUUUGAAGGCACCUUGUUUUUCUGUCAUAUCAUCAUGUUUUGGGUUCCAGUUUCCACUUCCUGUCUUUAUUUUGGUAGUCUCCCGGUUUCUGUUUUCGGUUCCAGCUUCACUUCCGGUCCCCAUUAGUCACACCUGCUCCGUAUCAAGUAAUCACGUCUUGUAUUUAACCACCACCUGUUUCCUCAGUUCUCUGCCAGAUCGUCUUAUGUAUGCCAGACAUCCCUUCCAGCAUUAGUUGCCCUGUUCGCGCGUUUUUGAUUCUGCUCUGUUUUUGACUCCGGAUUCUCGCCUGCUCCCUGAUCUGUACCGUUGCCUGGAUAGCUCUGGUAUACCGAACCUGACCGCCCGACUACGAGACAGCCUACUCCCUUACGGUACUGUAACCUGUGACUUUCUGUUACCGAAUCUCUGCCUGUCCCUGGACUUGAAUCAGCCUGCUCCACCGGUACUGAAGCCCAACGAACUCCUGUGUAUGACCCGGACUGUCUGUGAUACCGAAUACUGGAUUAAACUGUUUAACUCUCUACCAUCUGCCUACGGUUCUCUGUGCUGUGCAUGUGGGUCCUUUAUCUGCCGCUCCGUGACAAUAAGCAGGAGCAAAUAAGCGCCAGUUGUCAUAUAAGGGACCCUAUGAAGCGCACGGAGGCCCCGUGGUCCUGCCGCAGCAGCUCCCUCAGGGCACCUGGUGAACUCCUCAGCACCGCGCUGAUCCCAGACAAGGCGAAGGACUUCCUCACUGACUGGAGAGGACAGAGACGGACGUUCACAGGCCUGUUUGACCUCAGAGGGUCCAAAGGCUGAUGACGAGCUAACAAUCAAAGUGUAAUCCUGACAACGCAACACCACGAACAAACACAUAUGAAGUCGGACAACAGCGCUAGGAGGAAUGUGUGUUUGACUCAGUGGAACAGUUAAAGCAGGAAGUGGACGAGACGCGGAAGAGACGCGGGGACAGCGGCCACCGCUCACACGAACGCGCCUCGCGUGCGGAGCUGAUGGGAUGGACGGACUUCAUCAAUGAGAGGAACGCGUGAAUCCAGCGGACGAGUGAGCCACAGACGGUUUCUCCCCGUUCUCCAGCCGUUACCUUCCACCCGACACCUGCCUCGGCUGCAGCUCUCGCUCCUGCUGUGCCCGUCUCGUCUGUCGCUGUCAUGUCUGUGUCUGUGAGGAACCCACCCCAGCGCCGGCGCUCGCUGGGCCCGGUCUCGCCCAAGCGCAUCUACAGGAACCUGUCUGUGAGGCUGAAGGGCGGCGAGUCGUCGGGGGGGGAGGGCGCUGUCCCCAAGCACCUCAGCAAGUCUGCAGACGCUUACAAGAGCCUGUGGGAGGCGGUGGAGAAUGAAGACACUCUGGCCGUUCAAAGCCUGCUGUCCCGAGAUCACACCAAGGCCGGAGGUGGGAGCCUGUGGGGGAGAGGCGAGAGGGGGGAGCCGGAGUGGGAGAGAGAGCGGGAGCAGGCGGUGAACAGGGUGAGCGAGCAGGGCCUGGUCCCCCUGGACGUGGCCGCCCUUACCCACAAUCCCCCUCUGCUGCAUGUGCUGGCCAAGGCGGGAGCCAGGCACAACCCCGCGUUGUGCCAGCCGGCCGAGUGGGAGCUCAAGCUGGAGGCGCUGGUGGCGCUGGCGGGCUCGAGGCUGGAGGAGGCGAAGGCGGGGACGGGGUCUCAGGACGCCCACAGGAGCCUCCAGCUGUGGAGCCUCAGGCUGCAGCUGUACCGACGCAUGAGGGACAACUUCCAGCGCACAGAGCUCCCCAGUCCUCCCAGUCACGUGGCCAUACUGGUGACCAGUUCCUCCUCGCUGCUCGUGACCAUCAAAGAGCCGGAAGGCGGCGCCGGAACUGGACUCGUAACACGCUACAGAGUGGAAUGGAGCACGUCCGCCGGCUUCAAACGCAUCCUGGGCUCCGCUCAAGUCACAGACACCAAGAACCCGUCCUGCACCGUCAGGGGGCUCUGCGCUGGGGUUCGAUACUUCGUACGCGUGAGCGGCUACAACGUGAGGGGAUGGGGUCCUCCUCAGCGCUCGUCUCCAGCCAGCGCCGCCCCCUCCAGUUGGAGGGAGUGCGUCGGUGUGAAGUCGCACUUCAGGAACCAUGAAGGUUUAGUGAGGAAGCUGCUGGAGGACGCCAGAGAGCCUCACUACAGAGAAUGCUGCAGAGAGGCCGCGACGCCCCAGAGUCCCAGCAAGCGCUCGUCUGUGUCUCGAGGCAUCAAGCAGCUGUUCCAGUCUGCCACCAAGUUUGUGCGUCUCCUGCAGAGGGGCGUGUACCUGGCCUGCGUCUUCUACCACAAGGACCGCGUGCUGCUGACGGCCGACGAGCAGAUCCCGCUGGUGGAGGUGCAGUGCUGCUCCACCGCCAUCAGCCAGGACUUCCUGUGGCUGGCUAAGCUGUCCUGCGGGUGGCACCAGGUGCCGUGGCUGCAGCAGGCGCUGGCCUCCGCGCACUCGUCCGCCUCCUCGCUCCUCCAGAACCGGCACAACGUCCUGAGGGCCGUGUCGCAGCUGCAGGCCUCCCUGGGAACCGUGGACCUGGGCCAGGUGUACCAUGAGCCUCUGAGGGACCGGCAGGGCAACGUGCUGCUGCUGACGCUGAGGGGCUUCUCCUCCUGCAGCCCUCCAGAACCUCCGUUCCACUGGAUGCCGCUGGAGCGCCUGGAAAGGAACCGCAGCAGAACCCCCCUGCUGCCCGAGCCCACGGCCAUGGACGCGCUCUAUGAGCAGCUGAAGGAGAAGCUGUCCUUCCACCGGCACAGCGUCCAGCGGGCCCAGCCGGGCCUGUACGUGGGCAUCCUUAAACUGUGCAGCUCGGUGGAACAGAUCCGGGUCCUGGUGCCGCAGAGGCUGCCCAACGUCCUGUGCCACACGCGGGUCCGCGCCAACGCCCACGUGUCCAGAGAGGAGUGGGCCUGGCUCCAGAGCCACGUCGACACCGGUCAGAACCUGGUGAGCGGCGAGGACGAGCCGCUGGAGUUCAUCAGGUCUCUGAGAGCAGCAGUCACUCAGCUCCUGACGAAGCUCAACAUCCCCCUCUACAGGGCCUACCAGUACGCCGUCUACACCCGGCAGCUGCUGCAGUUUGGGGACGCGGUGUCCAUGCUGCUGCUGCUGCCUCCCAGCGAGGACUUCAGCUCCAGCUACUGGCCGCUGGUGGGGGCCGAGGAGCCGGGCCUCACGGUGCCGCUGCAGCUCUUUGAGCUGGUUCACUUCUGGACCUAUGAGCGGGAGUUCCUGUCCCAGUACUGCCAGGCCUGGAUCCGGCUGGAGCUGGACACGCAUCUGGCCCAGCAGGCUCUAAGGGAGGCGCUGGACAGCAAGGAGGUGCAGGAAGCCCGGGAGCGCCUCAACCACAUCACUGAGCUUUCCAACCGUCUGGAUGUGGUGUGGAGGGACGCCCGCUGGAUCAUGGACUGUCUGCAGUGCGUUCGCUCCAAGCAGUGGGUGGGAGCUGUGCCCUUGGGCCUGGUGAUGGGAGGAGACCCGCGGCCGCUCGGCGAGGGGGGGGGGGCGAGGGAGACGUGGCCCAGUAGGAAACCAGCACAGAGGCCCGUCAGAGUGGGUGAAACCAAGACAAGCGACGUCUCUGCUCCUUCAGGAACCGGCGUCUCUGAAGCGGCUGUGAUGAAGGACGCCGUUGCAAAGGGAGGUCGCCCUGUAGACGUCAGUCAGUCGACGGUGCCGCUGACGGGCAGUGGUGGGUCAGAUCCAGAGCCUGGACCUGAGCUUCCUGCUGGUGCCCAGUUUACGGACUGGGACAGGCAGCAGGCCCCCAGCAGGGAGCCGGACCUUCCUGCCGCCACCACUGAGGUCACACGGCCGAUGGCGCUGGUCCAGUUGGCGGACAUCUUGCCCAGACUGAGUCUUAUAGAGGAGGAGGCCCCCAGCGGCCCGGCCUCAGUGAUGGACGUGCUGGAGAGCUUUGGGCUGGGCAUCGGGGACCUGGUCAGUGGAGCUGGACCCAGAACCUUUGACGCUCUGCCUUCUCACGGUGGUGCCGAUGACGCUGCUGUGUCAGAUGCUCAGGUCUCCAGCAGAGCGGCGUGCCUUCGGAUGAGAAACCAGGUGGAGUGGGACCGACCGUCCCACAGCUCAGCUUGAUGCAGGGUCAGGGAACCGCUGGACCCGCUCCCAGACUCACUUCUGGACCUGUAGUUUCUGUUCUAUCAUUCAGUCCAUUAGAAGUUUUCACUGGGCUGAAAUAAGCUAUAGAAAGUGUUUUUAUGACUUGAAAAUCCAUCAGUUACUACAACACAAAGCCAAAUUACUGCAUUCACCAGUAAACAAACUCAUUAAAUACAAAGUAUUCUGCAAAAUGGAUGUUUCCUCAGACGGUAUUCAGUCUCCUUCACUUUCUGCACAAUCAUUGCGUUUAGAUCUAAGUUUACAUUUACAUUUAAAAAGCUGUCAUUUUUGCCAAAUCAUCUGCAUCAACAACAGCUGAAGUGUUAAUAUGUAAGAAGUGUAAAAUGCGUCAGACGGAUGUGGACACGUCUGUUUCUGUUUCUAACAUUUCAUUUCCUGAAGUCACUAAAAUAAAACAUCACAAUGUUUCCACAGA